CUUCCGUUUCCCCAAUUUUCACAAAAUUCACAAACAGCCCUCUCGGAAACAUUUAUUCCCACACAGCUCCCCAAAAUCCACAAAUCCCCACCAACCCUAAGAGAGAGAGAGAGACGAUCCACCGGUUCAUCCACCGACUCGAUGGAGAUCGGGCCGGAGACGGCGGCGGAGGCUGAGAGGCUCUUGCCUUUGGAAUCCUCAGCGUCUUCGAUCGGUUCUUCGCCGGGAGAGAACAGUAGCGGCGGCGGCGGAGGGGAUAAUGCUAAGACCAGGUUUAAUUUGUUGGAUGACGACGAGGAGGGGGAUGUUUGCCGGAUCUGCAGGAAUCCUGGCGACGCGGAUAAUCCGUUGCGGUACCCCUGCGCGUGCAGCGGCAGCAUCAAGUUCGUUCACCAGGAUUGCCUUCUUCAGUGGCUGAAUCACAGCCAGGCUCGCCAAUGCGAGGUCUGCAAACAUCCAUUUUCAUUUUCUCCAGUUUAUGCUGAAAAUGCUCCCACAAGACUUCCAUUUCAAGAAUUUAUUGUUGGGAUAGCUAUGAAGGCUUGCCAUGUUCUGCAAUUCUUUCUACGUCUCAGUUUUGUGCUUUCUGUUUGGCUUCUCAUCAUUCCAUUCAUCACAUUUUGGAUUUGGAGGCUGGCAUUUGUUAGAAGUUUUGGAGAAGCCCAGAGAUUAUUCUUGAGCCACUUAUCUACAACAGUCAUUCUCACUGACUGCUUGCAUGGAUUUCUGCUGUCUGCUAGCAUUGUUUUCAUUUUUCUCGGGGCGACUUCCUUGAGAGAUUACUUUAGACAUUUACGAGAGCUUGGUGGACAAGAUGCUGACAGAGAAGAUGAAGGAGACAGAAAUGGAGCUCGUGCUGCAAGAAGGAAUCCAGCUCAAGUCAAUAGAAAUAUUCCUGUUGAGGGGAAUGGUGAAGAUGCUGGUGGAGCCCAAGGAAUUGCUGGUGCUGGUCAGAUGAUUCGACGAAAUGCAGAAAAUGUUGCAGCUAGGUUGGAGAUGCAGGCAGCUCGGCUUGAGGCUCAGGUUGAACAGAUGUUUGAUGGUUUGGAUGAUGCUGAUGGGGCAGAAGAUGUACCUUUUGAUGAGCUGGUUGGCAUGCAGGGGCCUGUGUUUCAUCUGGUUGAAAAUGCAUUUACAGUUCUUGCGAGUAAUAUGAUAUUCCUUGGAGUUGUAAUCUUUGUGCCAUUCUCAUUGGGGCGGUUUAUAAUAUCUUACCUAUCUUGGAUUUUGUCAUCUGCUACCAAUCCAGUGUUGUCCACAGUUGUUCCACUGACUGAAUCAGCACUUUCUUUGGCCAAUAUCACUCUGAAAACUGCUCUGACUGCUGUUGUAAAUCUAACAUCUGAUAAUCAAGACCAAAGGAUGCUUGGUCAGGUUGCAGAUGUACUGCAAGCAAAUGCAACAGGACAAACUAUCGCAAGCAAUAUAAGCUCUACGGUGGCAACAGACAUCUUGAAAGCACAGUCAGUUGGGGCGUCACGUCUCUCUGAUGUUACUACUCUUGCUGUUGGCUACAUGUUCAUAUUUUCUUUUGUCAUCUUCUAUCUUGGGAUUGUUACCUUAAUCAGGUAUUCAAGAGGAGAACCUUUGACAAUGGGGAGGUUCUAUGGUAUUGCUUCCAUUGCAGAAACUAUUCCGUCCCUCUUCAGGCAGUUUGUGGCUGCAAUGCGGCAUCUUAUGACAAUGAUUAAAGUUGCGUUCCUUCUGGUGAUUGAGCUGGGUGUUUUCCCUCUGAUGUGUGGUUGGUGGCUGGAUGUUUGUACUAUAAGGAUGUUUGGGAAGUCAAUUUCUCAGAGAGUUGAGUUCUUCUCAGUUUCGCCAUUAGCAAGCUCCUUGGUUCAUUGGGUUGUGGGAAUUGUGUACAUGCUGCAAAUAAGUAUCUUUGUCAGCCUUCUUCGAGGGGUCCUGCGCAAUGGGGUUCUUUACUUUCUCCGUGAUCCUGCUGAUCCUAAUUACAAUCCAUUUCGUGAUCUCAUUGAUGAUCCUGUGCACAAGCAUGCUCGUAGAGUUUUGUUGUCCGUUGCUGUAUACGGGAGUUUGAUAGUCAUGUUGGUAUUUUUGCCUGUUAAACUAGCAAUGAAGAUGGUUCCUUCCAUUUUCCCUCUGGAUAUCUCUGUCUCCGAUCCAUUUACUGAAAUUCCAGCUGACAUGCUCUUAUUUCAAAUAUGCAUUCCUUUUGCUAUUGAGCAUUUCAAACUACGACAUACUCUCAAAUCCCUUCUCCGGUAUUGGUUCACUGCUGUUGGCUGGGCUCUUGGCUUGACAGAUUUUCUACUCCCAAAGCCAGAUGAUAAUGGUGGACAUGAAAAUGGAAAUGCUGAUAUGGGCAGACAUGAGAGAGGACAUGGACCCGCAGUUGGUCAGGAACGAGUGGUAGCCCUUGAAGAUGUGAACAGACCCAGACGUUUGGCUGCAACUGUCGAAUCGACUGAGGAGCUUGAUGAUGAACUAACUGAUACAGAAAGGUGGGCUUUUGUACUUCGGAUUGUGCUAUUGUUGAUGGUUGCUUGGAUGACACUGCUUAUAUUCAACUCCGCGUUGAUAAUUGUACCAAUAUCCCUCGGGAGAACACUCUUUGAUGCCCUUCCGCUUCUCCCAUUGAGUCAUGGCAUUAGGUGCAAUGAUUUAUACGCUUUCGUCAUUGGAAGCUAUGUCAUUUGGACUGGUUUGGCUGGAGCAAGGUACUGUGUUGAUCUCAUUAGAACAAAGAGAACUAGAGUAUUGCUUAACCAGAUAUGGAAAUGGUGUGGCAUUAUUUUCAAGAGUUCUGUGCUGUUGUCAAUAUGGAUAUUCGUGAUUCCAGUGUUAAUCGGGCUGCUGUUUGAACUCCUCGUGAUUGUGCCAAUGCGGGUUCCAGUGGAUGAAAGUCCGGUUUUCCUUUUGUAUCAAGAUUGGGCAAUGGGGCUAAUAUUUUUGAAGAUCUGGACUAGAAUGGUUAUGCUAGAUCACAUGAUGCCACUGGUGGACGAGAGCUGGCGUUUAAAAUUUGAAAGGGUGAGAGAAGAUGGUUUCUCACGUCUGCAAGCCUUCCGGGUUCUCCGGGAGAUUGUGUUCCCGAUCAUUAUGAAGCUGCUUACCGCGUUAUGUGUACCGUAUGUUCUGUCGAGAGGGGUGUUUCCCAUAUUCGGGUACCCGCUGGUCGUAAACUCAGCUGUGUACCGAUUUGCGUGGCUGGGAUGUCUGAUCUUCAGCGUGCUGUAUUUCUGUGCCAAGCGAUUCCACGUGUGGUUCACGAAUCUCCACAACUCGAUACGAGAUGAUCGAUACUUGAUUGGGCGGAGGCUCCAUAAUUAUGGAGAGAGGGAGAAUGUAGUUAUGAUGAGGCAACACGGGCGUGGUAUUCCGGAAGACAGAGAGCAGCAUCCAGGGUUGAUACGUAGGUACGUUGUUCCAGAAGAAGAAUAGUAGGCAAACAAAUUUGCCUCUUGCGAAUAUGAAUAUUAAUAUGGCUGGAUUGACUUUCUUGUAGAGUUAUAUUUGUUUUUUUCUUUUCUUUUUAACUUGACAUUGUACUCUACAAGAUAUAGGAUGGUGCUUGUUGCUUCAAAUAUGGAAGCUAUAAUUUUCUGUCUGCU